AUGGCCGAUCAAUAUCUUGCCGAGAUCAAAAGACGUCGAACUUGUUACUCGAUUGAGGCCAAAUCCCCAAUCAGCGAUGGUCGUAUCAUCGAAAUAGCCCAGGAGGUGGUCAAGCACACGCCCAGUUCUUUUAAUUGCCAGUCUACUCGACUGGUAGUCCUUCUUAAAGACGAGCAUGUCAAGUUCUGGGCUUUGGCAAAAGAGUGCUUCAAGGCCACCAUGAAACCAGGAACCUACGCUGAAUAUGAAAAGAAACUACUACAACGCCAAGCGGGCUAUGGAACGAUACUACUAUUUGAAGACUUGGAUGUUGUUCGCGAGUAUCAGGCCAAGUUUCCUCGAUUCGCAACGCAUCUUUUGCAAUUCUCUGAGCAUAACAAUGCCAUACAGACUCUCAACUUGUGGACCGCCCUGUCGCUUGAGGGACUCGGGUGUAAUUUGCAGCACAUCAAUCCCAUCAUUGAUCAAAGGCUCAUUGGAGAAUGGGAUAUCUCACCACAAUGGUCACUGAAGGGUCAAUUAGUCUUUGGCAAGCCGACCGGUAGCAUCCUGCAUAUGAAAACCUCCCUUCCAAUAGAGGACCGGUUAUUUGUUCACGGGGUCUAG